CGUCAAGAAGUUUGGGAGGAGGGGCAAGGCGGGGAAACCAAAAAUACCAAAAAUAUCAAACUGGUAAGGUUAUAUACAUCCAUGCAGCGCAUACUCUACAUACAUAUGUAUGUACAUAUACAUGUACAUCUAGGUCGUGUCAUGACAAAUUGAUCCAUCCUGACUCGUUGCAUCUGGCUCUGGACUGUCAUCUUGUCUGUCUCAAGCCAGAACUCCAUACUUCCUGUGUAAGUGUCCUGCGCCCUAUCACAGCGCGGCGAACGGAGGAGCGGACUAUAACAUUUUUGAAUCUCUGGCGGCAACUCUCACGUUCCUUGGCUGUCAUUCCAAAAGGGCCUGUUUUUUUAUAUAUCAUGCAACGAAACACUUUAAACGCCCCAUAUUCCCCCGUCCUGUAGCUCUGCUCGUAUCUCCUAUUAUCAUACUAUAACUUCUUCCAUUCAUCAUGGGUCUCCCCGUACCAAACUCGGAGGCGGCUUCCAUCCCCUCCGACGACGCACUGCAGGCACUUGUCAAAUCCACAUAUACUACCUCAGUCCUGCAGUUCUAUCUCAACGGGGCCAAGGUUGAGUUGAGAAACCCUAACCCGCACUGGACUCUGUUGGACUUUAUCAGAUCACGGCGUGGUUUGAAAGGAACAAAGUUGGGAUGUGGAGAGGGUGGCUGUGGCGCUUGCACGGUGGUGCUACAAGUAAGAGACGCCAAAAACCUAAGAAGAAUCAAGCACCUGUCUGUAAAUGCUUGUCUGUUCCCGCUAGUGGGAGUUGUCGGGAAACAUGUCAUUACCGUGGAAGGGCUUGGGAGUGUUGAUAAGCCUCACCCGUUGCAGGAACGGAUGGGUAAGCUUCAUGGGUCACAAUGUGGAUUUUGUACACCCGGCAUAGUUAUGUCCCUGUACUCCAUUAUUAGAAAUGCUUAUGACCCGGAAACCGGCAAAUUUUCUCUAUCAGAAAACGAUAUUGAAAUGAAAGGCCAUCUGGAUGGAAACCUAUGUCGGUGUACGGGUUACAAGCCCAUUCUACAAGCCGCUAGGACUUUCAUUGUUGAGGACCUUAAGGGGCAGCUGGUCGAAGGCAAGAACUCUCUUCCAGUCGAUGCUGAGAAGGAUACCGAACAUGAGGCAGCGACGUAUCUACAAGGCCAGUUUGAUAAAGCUUCGAAAUCCUCAAGUGGCUCAUGCGGAAGACCUGGGGGAUGUUGCCGCGAUAAGCCAAGUAAGGAACCCCCUGCAUCGGAUCCCUCCACAUCGCUUGGCUCCACUUCUGUAGACGACAAUAGCUCUGAGACUAGUCUUUCCGAAGAAAUCACACUUCCGGCGUGUAAAAAAGAACCCCAGAUUGAGCUUGCCGAGUAUACUCCCUCAGCAGAGUUGAUCUACCCACCUGCACUAUCGAAGUUUGUCGACCAGCCCCUAUGUUAUGGCGACGAGAAGAAAAUAUGGCUCCGCCCAACGAAUUUACAGCAAUUAGUUGACAUCAUGGCUACAUUCCCAUCUGCAACCAUUGUCAGCGGUGCGAGCGAAAUCCAAGUUGAGAUCCGCUUUAAAGGCUCAGAGUUUGCUGUUUCUGUCUUUGUUUCGGACAUCGAGGAGAUGAACACAAUAUCGAUUCCCGCUGAUUUAUCAAAGGCGAAGGAACUUGUUAUUGGUGGGAAUGCGCCAUUGACCGAUAUUGAAAAUCUUUGCUAUGAUCUAUCCUCAAAACUGGGCCGAAGAGGGUCUGUCUUCAGUGCUAUGGCGAAGGUCCUCAGAUACUUUGCUGGGCGCCAGAUUCGAAAUGUGGCAUCACUAGCUGGAAAUAUUGCUACGGCUUCCCCUAUAUCAGAUAUGAACCCAGUACUUUUGGCUAUAAAUGCAACUGUAGUGGCCAAGACAGCGGAGAAGGAGCAUUCGAUUCCAAUGGUAACCAUGUUCCGUGGAUAUCGGAAAACUGCACUACCCCAAGGGGGAAUCAUCACUCAAAUUCGCGUCCCUAUUCCCCCUGCAGAUGUUCGCGAAGUGACCAAAUCAUACAAACAAGCCAAGCGAAAGGAUGACGACAUUGCCAUUGUCACGGCAGGUUUCAGGGUUCGAUUUGAUGAAGGAGAUACCGUUAAAGAUGUCUCAUUGGCGUAUGGCGGGAUGGCGCCAAUGACUGUUCUGGCUCCUAAAACAAUCAGAUACUUGAUAGGGAAAAAGUGGUCCGUAGCGGAAACCCUCGAUGGAGCACUUCAAACGUUGCUCGAGGAUUUCCCGCUUCCCUAUGACGUCCCGGGAGGUAUGGCGGCUUAUCGUAGGACGCUAGCUUUGUCGCUUUUCUUCCGAUUCUGGCACGAGGUGAAUGCCGAUUUUGAGCUCGCAGAAGUGGACCAGGCACUUGUUGAGGAAAUACACCGAAAUAUCUCCAUCGGGACCAGGGAUAAUUAUAACCCCCAUGAACAACGCGUUGUUGGCAAGCAGAUCCCCCAUCUUUCUGGCUUGAAGCACGCUACUGGCGAGGCAGAAUAUGUUGAUGACAUGCCGUAUCAAGAAAAUGAGCUUUACGGUGCACUUGUUCUUUCAGAAAGGGCCCACGCAAAGAUCAUAUCAGUGGACUGGACUACAGCUCUUGCUCCGGGCUUAGCAGUUGGGUACGUAGACAAACAUAGCGUUGAUCCCGAAAUGAACUUUUGGGGAUCUAUUGUCAAGGACGAACCUUUUUUCGCGCUCGACGAGGUGCACUCACAUGGUCAGCCAAUUGGAAUGGUAUAUGCCGAGACAGCCCUUAAAGCACAAGCUGCAGCACGAGCUGUUAAGGUGGUUUAUGAGGAUUUACCGGCUAUCUUGACCAUUGAUGAAGCCAUCGAAGCGAAGAGCUUCUUCAAGCAUGGAAAGGAACUUCGGAAAGGUGCACCACCCGAGAAAAUGGCGGAGGUAUUCGCCAAGUGCGACAGAAUUUUCGAGGGAACGAUUAGAUGUGGAGGGCAAGAGCACUUUUACUUAGAGACAAAUGCUGCCUUGGUUGUCCCUCAUGCUGAGGAUGGUACAAUGGAUGUUUGGUCCUCAACUCAAAAUACAAUGGAGACUCAGGAAUUUGUCAGCCGCGUGACUGGAGUUCCAAGCAACCGUAUCAAUGCGAGAGUCAAACGGAUGGGAGGUGCUUUCGGUGGCAAGGAGUCUCGAAGCGUUCAGCUAGCUGCUAUACUUGCGAUAGCUGCGAAAAAAGAACGACGCCCAAUGAGAGCUAUGUUGAACCGCGACGAAGACAUGAUGACAAGCGGACAACGAAAUCCCAUUAUGUGCCGCUACAAAAUUGGUGUAAUGAACGAUGGAAAGCUUGUCGCCAUUGAUGCGGACUGCUACGGCAAUGCCGGGUGGUCCCUGGAUAUGAGCGGAGCUGUCAUGGACCGCUGCUGCACACAUCUUGACAAUUGUUAUUAUUUCCCCAAUGCACAUAUCCGUGGAUGGGUAUGCAAAACUAACACAGUUACAAACACUGCUUUUAGAGGCUUUGGCGGACCACAGGCCAUGUUUAUCACUGAAAGUUUCAUGUAUACGAUUGCCGAGGGGCUGAACAUGCCAGUAGACGAGCUCCGUUGGAAGAACCUGUACGAACAAGGUCAACGGACCCCAUUCCACCAAGUGAUUGAUGAAGAUUGGCAUGUUCCGAUGUUGCUCGAGCAAGUCCGAGAGGAAGCCAAGUAUGACGAGCGCAAGGCGCAAAUCGCCAAGUUCAAUGCCCGAAACAAGUGGAAGAAGCGCGGUAUUUGCCUGGUACCAACAAAAUUCGGCCUCUCAUUCGCAACAGCAAUCCAUCUCAACCAGGCGGGUGCAUCUGUGAAAAUGUACGCUGAUGGCUCGAUCCUCCUCAGCCAUGGUGGAACGGAAAUGGGUCAGGGCCUGUAUACGAAGAUGUGCCAGGUUGCAGCUCAAGAGUUGAACGCUCCCAUAGACUCCAUUUAUACGCAGGACACUGCAACAUAUCAGAUUGCCAACGCCUCGCCCACGGCUGCGUCUUCUGGUAGUGACCUUAAUGGCAUGGCAGUCAAGAAUGCGUGUGACCAGCUCAACGAACGUCUCAAACCGUACUGGGAGAAAUUUGGUAGGGAUGCGCCGCUCUCGCAAAUUGCGCAUGCUGCAUAUAGAGACCGCGUGAAUUUGGUUGCGACAGGGUUUUGGAAGAUGCCCAAGAUCGGCCAUAAAUGGGGCAAUUAUAAUCCGGACACCGUCAAACCAAUGUACUACUAUUUCACUCAGGGCGUUGCUUGCACCGAAGUUGAACUGGACGUCCUUACGGGGGACCACACCGUCCUCCGCACCGACAUAAAAAUGGACGUGGGCCGUUCAAUCAAUCCAGCCAUCGACUACGGUCAAGUUGAGGGAGCCUUUGUUCAGGGACAAGGACUCUACAGCAUCGAAGAGUCCCUCUGGCACAGCAAAUCCGGCCACCUUGCGACACGUGGCCCCGGCACAUACAAGAUUCCUGGGUUCAGCGACAUCCCGCAAGAGUUCAAUGUUAGCUUCCUGCAAGGGGUGUCGUGGAAGCACCUCCGGUCUAUCCAGAGCAGUAAGGGCGUCGGUGAACCACCGCUGUUCUUGGGCGCCACGGUUCUGUUCGCUCUGAGAGAUGCGCUGCUCAGUGCUCGAAAGGAUCAUGGAGUCAAAGAGAAGUUGGUUCUGGAUAGUCCGGCCACGGCGGAGAAGCUGAGGUUGGCAGUUGGGGACAAGUUGGUGAGGAUGAGUAAUGUUGUUAAGGGUGAGGGGCAGAAACCGUUUUUCGUUGCUAUUUCUUAGGGUAUAUGACGAUAUUUAACCGUGAUCUAUCUGAAAGAAUUUUUGCAUUUUGUUUUAUUAUUUUGGUUGCGCGGAACGGUAUUUUCAGAGAAGGGUUGAGCAGGAUAUAAAGGAUAUAACCAAAUUGAGAUCCCUUUGCAUUUGCUAUAGUUGAAUGCUCUAUAGGCUUUAAAAAAUAAUGAAAAUAACCUCUGGCCUGGUCGUCAGCACCACCGUGGUUCAUCUUAGGAUGGUGCCACUUUCCAAGCCCACAACUGAACGAUGAAACUGGUAGGAAAGGCUGAGCCUUCGCAGCCUCGGGUGCUGGAGACAUUUAAAAUAUGAGAAGGAAAAUCAUUCAAAAAUGCAUAUUCGGCUUCCUGUUUCGUAAAAUGGUUCAAGAGAGCCAAAUCAAAACGUCCGUCCCCAACCCAACUGGAGGAGGACGCGCCGCUCGUAUCGCACAUGUUAAGCAAGGUCCUCCGCUCCGUCGGAUUACUGCAUUUUUCCCACGCUCCGAGCACCAAGCUCUUGCGAGAACCUCAG